AUGACAGCAAACGUGUACGGGUCCUCCAAUGCAAUUUUUCUGACGAUUGAAGCCAACAAGGAGAACAUCCCGCCCGGCACCGAGAUUGACAUCAAAAAGGAGGAAUCGUUCUUGCUCCCCGAGCCACGUGGCAACCGUCCAGCAGAUCCCGACACAGAAAGUCUCACAGCGUCUCCAGUUCCCCGUCCAUCUCCAGCCACUUCACAGCUCUCGGAUGCGUCGUUUCUCUCACAAGACCCAACUGUGACCAACAGUGCUGACGAGUCAGAGGACGAUCCAGAAUUCACAUCACGGAAGGAGAAAAGUUUAGGAUUAUUGUGCCAGCGAUUUCUGAUUUCGAUCAAUGAGGAGACUCAAGAAUCACCAACAAAAGAGGUUCAUCUGGAGACAGUGGCCAGGAAGAUGUGUGUCGAAAAACGUCGAAUCUACGAUAUAGUGAAUGUAAUGGAAGCGCUGGACGCCAUGCACAAAACCAACAAAUCCUAUUAUCAAUGGCAAGGACUCGAGUCACUUCCAAGAUUGAUGGCUGAUUUGCAGGCAGAAGCAAUUGAAGAAGGUCUGCCAGAUCGUGUGCUUCGUGUCGAGCAAGCCAUGUGCUCAUUCACCGAACUACAAUCGCCACGCGGAAACAAAGGCAUCAAGGAUACGGUCGGCUCGUUUGUCAGUGGCUCUUCAGCACCAACCACUCCAACCACUUCUUUUGAGCCAAGAAGGACAGAAACCGAGAAACGAUCCAGAGUGGAUAGUCGGGAUCGACAGGGACGGAAUUCAUUAGCUCAACUAUGCAGAAGAUUUCUGAUGGUUCUGCUGAGCAAUCCAAAAAAUGUCCGAAAAGUCAGUCUUGACGUGGCAUCUACCGUACUCAUCAAAGAUCCAGAAACCGAAGGAUUCGAGCCACCAAGCCGAUCUCGUUGUCGUCGACUCUACGACAUUGCCAACGUCCUAGUGGCUCUUGGACUUAUCAAAAAAGUGCACUACCUUUUUGGAACCAAGAAAAUCCCACUUUUCGUCUAUUGUGGUCCGGAACCAGAUGAGCAUGCCAGUUUUGACGUCUUCCAAUCCGUCGAACGACUUUUGAGCAGUCCACAAAAUGUUCCACAAACUCCUGUGAUCAAGGCACAAACUGAUAAAAUGGUUCAGCAAAUCGCAGGAUUUGGAAAGCGAACUCUUUCGGAGCAAAAUCUAUCAAAACCAAUUGGAAACUCACCGAAGAUUGCAAAGAUCAAGUCAGAAAUGUCUCCAAUGACAGUGCCGGUGUCUCCAAUGGCCGAUGAGAAUCGAUUGUUUAUGUUCGCAGAGUUGGCAGCUGCUCAGAAGAUGCAAGAGGACCUUGCUCAACUUUCAAGAUCACUAAUGCAACGAGUGAAUACUCCGAUGGCUCCGAUGACAGCUCCAAUCUCGUCUCCAAUGGUUGGAUCAGCCCCUCCACCACUUCCAAUGGCUCCGCUGAAUCUCUCUGGACUAGGAAAGCUUCCUCCAUUGGUUUUUCCGCCUACCCAGCUUCCAAACCUUCCAAACACUCGUCCUAAAUUCAACUUCCCGGAUUACAACCCCACUCAAUCUACAAUCAGACCAUUGGUGUCACAAAUGACUUUCCGUCCGGAAUUAUUUGAGAAUAAUCCGAUCCCACCACCACAACCACCAAAGCACCUGAUGUCAAAUAUUUUGGGAGAAUCGAAGAGUUUCAAAAAUAUGCAAAACACAAACAACAACAACUUUUUCGACCACAACACCAAAUCCUCAGCAUUCCAUGUGGUUGUCAAGAAGGAUGAGCAACAACAGAGACGUACCAAGUAA